AUGCUGGAUGGCCAGCUAUUCUGCGAGGGGCCCGACAGCCCCGGGGAGCUCCAGGAUGAAGAAUCUGGCAGCUGCCUCUGGGUGCAGAAAUCCAAGCUGCUGGUGAUCCAAGUGAAGACUAUUUCCUGUCAUUAUAGUCGCCGUGCCCCUCCUCGACAGCCCAUGGACUACCAGGCCAGCUACUGGGCUCGAGGGCCCCAGAGCCGCACGUGUGGGCCGCGCCCGGGAUCCCCUGAGCCGCUGCCCCGCCGGCCCUGGGCCUCCAGGGUGCUGCAGGAGGCGACCAACUGGCGGGCGGGGCCCCCGGCCGAGGUCCGAGCCCGGGAGCAAGAGAAAAGGAAAGCAGCAUCGCAGGAGCGGGAGGCCAAGGAGACCGAGCGAAAAAGGCGCAAGGCUGGUGGGGCCCGAAGGAGCCCCCUGGGUCGGCCCCGCCCGGAACCUCGGAACGCCCCUCGGGUGGCCCAGCCUGCAGGGCUCCCAGCUCCCUCCCGGCCGGAGCGCCUGGGGCUGGUGGGGCGACCGCCCCGUCCAUUCGCGCAGCCGCAGAGCGACCCAGGGGCGGCGUGGGCGAGGCCCUGGGGAGGUCGGCGGCCAGGCCCCCCCAGCUACGAGGCUCACCUGCUGCUGAGAGGCGCUGCCGGGGCAGCCCCGAGACGCCGCUGGGACCGGCCGCCACCCUACGUGGCUCCACCUUCUUACGAAGGCCCCCACAGGACCUUGGGGACCAAGCGAGGCUCCGAGCCCUCCCAGGUCCCCGCCUCGUCAGCCCCUGCUCCCACUCCAGCCAGGACAGAGGGAGGGUGCGCAAAGAAGAAGCUGGAUCCUCGGAUCUACCGGGACGUCCUUGGGGCUUGGGGUCUCCGACAGGGGCGAGGUCUUUUGGGAGGCUCCCCAGGCUGUGGAACAGCCAGGCCAAGGCUGGAGUCCGGCAAGGGGGCCGCGGAGAAAAGCCUGGGGCUGGCUGCUGCUGGCCUGAACAGUGGUAGCGACGGCCGUGCCCAAGCCAAAGCUGUUGGGAGCCCAGGCACGGAGACAGCUCCCGCGGGGCCUGCAGCUGCGACUCCCAGCCCCCCGCGUCCCGCUCCCAGGUCCAGGCCCCAGCUCAAGGGCUCCGGGGAAGGGAAAGAAGGUAGAGAACAGAGCUGGCUCCCCAAAUGCUGGAUUCCCUCCCUUAAAAAGCAGGCUCUCCGACAUAGCCAGACCCUCCCCAGGCCCUGGGCUCCAGGAGGCACGGGAUGGAGAGAGUCCCUGGGUCAUAGAGAAGGGGCAGGACCCAAGACCUUGGAGGGUUGGAAAGUGACCCGCCGCGCCCACACCCUGCCCCGCAGUUCCCGAGGCCCCGCUCCUGGAGAAGGUGUCUUUGUCAUUGACGCCACGUGCGUGGUGAUACGGUCCCAGUAUGUUCCGACCCCUCGUACUCAGCAUGUGCAGCUUUUGUCCUCUGCGGUGCCGCGCGUUGUGGAGGAUGCCCCCAGCCAACUGAAGCCCAAAAAGGAGGAGGGCGAGGCAACCGCGGGCUUUCCCUCCCCUCGCCAAAAGCUGCUGUUGAGCAGCCAACGCCUUUCACACCAGCCUGGUGGGGGGCGCGAGUUCGAAGCUGAGGGCGGGAAGCCUGCGGACUCCUCAUUGGAAGAGCGCGCCUCCCGCAUCUUGGGGCUCCCGGUGGACGAAGUAAACCUGCAGGACGCCCCCAUGCAGCCAGGUAGCCCAGAGCACUCAGCCUUAGGCCCAGCAGCUUCGGGAGGCGCGGGCGGUGCCGAGGGCUCGCAGGAAGUGGCGGCGGUCCCGCUGCGCGCGGGCCGGGGCUGGGCGCGGACCCCGGGGCCCUACGCCGGGGCCCUGCGGGAAGCCGUGUCCCGCAUCCGCCGCCACACCGCCCCGGACUCGGACUCGGACGAAGCUGCGGAGCUCAGCGUCCAUAGCGGCUCUUCUGAUGGAAGCGACACAGAAGCCUCGGGCGCCGCCUGGCGGAAUGAGCAGACCUGGCCCCGGGAAGGUGGGAAGACAGAGCUGAGCGACAGUAUCCGAGAGAUUCUAGACGUCAUCAGCCAAACCGGGGAGGCCCUCUUCGGGGCUAGGGACCCUAAAGGGACCCCGCAGGGAAAUAGGGAGCGGCAGUGAGAGGCUUUUUCUUGUAUUUGUGUUGCCCAACCCCUCCAUCCUCGGGCCCACCGGUCCCCUUUCUUCUUCACAGACUUCCUUGUACCCCUUACUCAUAUCCGUUCCCAUACUCGAAAUAGAAGCCGCACAAACGAAAGGAAAGGGAGCAUAUGCCGAUUCAUGAUUUUUUUUUUUUUCAGGAGAAGUGGGUGAGCAAUAGACCUUAAGGCCUGCUCUGUUCCGGGCACUGGAGUAAGGUCUUCAGCAGAAGCUGAUGCACCAGGUGUGCAGUUGAGCAGAGAGGCGUGGCCAGCAUCAGGCAGGAGGGCAGGGAUGCUAUAGUCAUAGGAGGGCAAGUUGAGGGCAGGGCCUCUGGGCAGGAGGGAGAAAGUGAUGGAGAGGCUUUGGACUGAGGUAACCAGGUGACAGAGAAGCCCUUGGCAGAAGAGGAAAGCAGAAGCAACCAGAAAAGGAGGAAGAGGGCUCACUUUGGUGUCACAAGUGUUGGGCUCCAAUCCCAACUCGAACACUGACUUGCUGGGUGACCUUAGGCAAGUCACUUCCCCUCUCCAGGACUCUUAGGAUGUAAAAUGAGGGAGUUCUAAGGUCCAUCCCUGACGUUUUGGAGCCUUUGGAGAGGCUUUUUAUUUCAUCUUCCCUUCCACAAGCCGAGAAAGAGUUAGGAAUAAGUGAACAGAGUCUGAGGGUUCCUGGUGGCUUCAUUGUCACCUGCACUCAUUCUCAAUUCAAGACUGUCCAGGAUUUGCACAAGAGCUGAGUGAGUGGACAAGGGCUCCUAUCAGGUUUAGAUGAGCGCUCCCCAAGGCAGGGCAGGAUGGUGGCCUUGUCACUGUCCCUGGCCUGUAGCGGUCCGAGCUGGGGAGGGAAGGCAGCCAAUGAAUCAGCUUGGGACCUCUUUAGGCCUUCCCCUUUUUCUCCUCCUCAAUGUUCCUUAGUGAUGCUCUGAAUCGUUACCACGAUCUCCCACCCAGGUGGUAUCACCCAUCUGAAAGAACUCUGAGAAUUUCUUGCAUCUCUGCCUCUUCCAGAAACCGGCCAGGGAAGGAAGGGGGAGGCUGGUCCCCAAAAGCCUGUAGGUGUGGGGUGUAAUACUCGCUGUAGCCACUACGGGGCGC